CCUGCCUCCGCCCCUGAGGGAUCUUUGUAUCCUCUUCUUGCAGAGACACCACGAUGACCCCCGAAGGCUCAUCACCGCUACCCUCAGCCUCCAGCCGCGCUCCUGUGGCGACUUCUCUGCGGCUGACCCAGAGAAAACUGGGAGAGCACAGCUCUGCCCCAGCAGGCUUGGGCUGCGCAGUGAAGACACGCAUGGAAACCAGUGGCGCCGGAUGUCAGGAAGCGCUCUGCUGGCUGGAAACAGCCUUGUAGCAAAGAACCCUCUGGGAAGCGCUUCCCACACACGGUCAAGCUCAGCGCUGAGCAGAGUGGCGCAACUGGAAAGCAAAAUCAUGAAUCGGAAGAAACAGCUGGAAUUGCAAGUCACCGACUUGGGCCAGAAGCCUUUGGAUGAGGAGUCCCUCUCCUCUGCUUCCAGUCACAAACCCAGUGCAAGGGGCAAGAGAUACCUAAAGAAUCAUGCUACUGCCAGUGGAUAUAUGACCCUCCGUAAUGCCUGUUCUAAGGAAGAGGAAAGCAUCCAAAGCCCUAAAAAGAACGUUAAACAACAACUUGGUUUGGAUAGCGAUGAAGAGGAAAUGAGAGAAUUGAUGGAGUGUUCAAGUGUAAAUGAGAAUCAGAGGGUUGUUGCAAGUGAUUCUAAAUGGGGUCCAAAGAAGAAGAUUCCAGUUUCAUCAGGAAUGCCUCCUCCAUCUCCUAAGGAAAUUUCAGUGGCAGAGGGAUCUAAAGCAUCUUGUCUUCACAGCAAGUACUCGGAGAGUAGAGCUGGUUCACCACCCAGAAGCACGUCUCUACGACAUAACGCGAGAUCUCUGUCGCUGUCAUCUUCCAUGAAAGGCAAUACUGUAAAGAUUACUCUGCCUAGAACAGGCUACACCAAGCAAAGCCAAAGAUCCCUAGAAAGUGACAGAAGUGAAAUCUCUUCAUUAGAUGACUUGUUUUCUAGAGCAGCUGAUGCAGAAGAUUCAGCUAACAGCAGCUCAGAUGACUUCAGACUGAAUAUCCUGAGCCUUGAUGAUUUGGCACCAAAUAUCACCAGUGAGGCAGCAGAAUUAAAGCAGCAAGGGACACACAUGCAAAUUACUCAGGAACCAAACAGAAAGCCAAAAAAAGAUACAUUCCUGGUGGAAAAGGGCCAGGGUUCUCUUAGAAUGACAAGUGCAGUAACUGCUGUGAAGGAUCCUUCUGAUGAGGAUGUUGAAAAAACUGUGACUGAAGCUGGACUCUCCGGGCAUUUAAGUGGAGUUUCUGCAGAUUUCCCUAGACAGAAACAGGAUUAUCUUGAUCAUGAUGACAGAACUAUUAAUUCAGAGUAUUCUGAAGACUUUGAAAGGUCUCCAUCCACAACAGACAGGGAAUCUGUAGCAAAAACAUCAGAGGAACACUCGGAGAGCUGCACAUCAUCUGGAAAACACCCAUCUUCAGCAUCGUCACCUCGACUUCCCAGAGCGCGGCAGGAGCAGGUACACAGAGUGACUGUCAGAGAAACUGCAGUUCAGACAACGGAUCCUCUGUUCACCUACUGCUGGCCAAAGGCAAACACCUCAGCAGUACUUGACCCACCUGUAGGAAACAGUUACGUCGAUCCCAUACCUAUUGCCAGUCAUGUCAUCAGCAUGGAUGCAGUAGAAGCCUUGACAGCAUACAGCCCGUCAGCCCUUGCUUUAAACACCAUGUUGAAACAGCACUUGAUGCUGACUCAGCAGUUUGUAGAGAACAUUCAUCACCUUCACAUAUCACUCGUGGAGUCAUUAGAGAAUGAGAAGUUCCACUACCAUACCCUGGAAGAGGCUAAAGAGUACAUCAAGAAUCACAAAUCCCCACCUCUAACACUUGAGCAAGCACGUGAAGAAGUUCAGAAAGCACAGGAGGAAAAACUGCUUUGAUUCUUCAAACAUGGAGUAAAAUUUGUAUUUACAGAUCUCCAGCUGCCACAAGAAACCCUUCCAACUCACACAGUUAGUACAAAGCCUGCCAGAGCUUGCUUUAGAUGUUAUUGUACAUAAGUUAUUUUCAUAGAUCUGAUGUUUUUACUCACGUAGGUGAUACAGGGACAGGCAGGAACCUUCAGCCAGACUAUGUCAGAGUUCAGCAAAACCAAAACUAAGUGCUCACUUCUCUCCAGGAGUGUGGUAAGUCUGAUAGCACAGCAUGCACUUUAUCCUGUGAUCAUGGUAGAAGUAAAAGUCUGUAUUACAGCACCCAAGGAAGAGAGCAUAGUAGAGAAAUACCAUAUCCUGACUUAAGUGCCAUACAAUGUUUCUGUAGAAUUAGCCUUGUCAGAUUACUACAAGACCAAACACACACAAACUGAAGACAAAUUCACUACAAGGCAGGCUUAUAGCCAAUGGACAGGAAUCCACUGACUGAAAUACGAGCCACCAUUUUAUUUUUAUUUAAUAAAAAAAAAUGUGUUUAUUGGAAGGCAAAACAAAAUUCACAAGUUGGUAACACAGAGGUGGUGUGUGCUGAUUCACAGACAGUUACAGUUCCACAACUACAGUAGAUCUAGAACAAAUGGGUAUUUCACCAUAUUAACUGAAUGGUUUCAAGAGGGUUUUUGCUAUACAAACAAAAGACUCUGGAAGAGGUUAUACCACCACGCAGACCUCUGGAGUGGAAGUGCAGUGUAAGGGCCUAACACCUUCAACUGGUGGUCUCUGGAAACAGUUACAAAAUGGGUGGGUUUUUUUCCUCUCAUGUCAAUUAAAGGAAGGUUCCAAGAACAUUUUAUUGUCAGAAACUUGCAGAGCAGAGAAAAUGGAUUCUCUUCUAUUGAGCUACUUGGCUUUUAUUAAAGGGUAUAUACAAAAAUAUAAAAA